AUGUCUGACGGAGUCCUCGAUCAAACUAGGCUACGCACAAACGGUAUCCUACAUAAGCUGGGAUACAUACAAAGCAAGGCCCACGCCGGUUCUCCGCGACCAUCGACGAGGAUGCCCGUCCAGCAGCACGUCCUCAACUGGCUAUACAGCGUCCUCACCAGCGAGUACCACGAUGUGAAUCGAACGUACAACGAUGUCGCCCAAGCCCUCGCUCAGUAUCCCUCCCUAGCGCCUCGCACAGACGUUCACACGUUUCCCAAUGGCUACAGCGCGUUGCUCCUUCAUCUAUCCGGAACACUUCCCGUGAACUUUCGAGGGAACAUUUACAGGUUUCCUGUGUCCGUCUGGGUGCCCCAUGCAUACCCACGAGAGCCACCGAUAAUCUAUGUCACGCCGACGGGGAACAUGGUGAUUCGACCAGGACAACAUAUAGAUCCCCAAGGCCAAGUUUAUCAUCCAUAUCUGGUCGGUUGGGCUGAGUAUUGGGAUAAAUCGACAGUGCGAGACUUGCUUGCCCUUCUCUGUGACGUGUUUGCGAAGGAGCCCCCCGUCAUCGCUCGUCAGCCACCGAGGCAGACUCAACAUCCCCAGCCAGUACAAUCGCCGCCUCCUGUUCCGCCUUUACCUUCCCAGGUUGCCUCUAGAUCAGCCAGUCACGAGCAGCCCCGUCCGCCUCCCCCGCCGCCAAAAAUGACCCCUCAAGAGGGCCAGCAACCGUUCUACACCGGGUCACCCCUACCACAAACCCCAGGCCUGCACCAGGCACAACCGCUCAACCAGUUGCCCUCACGUCCCCUCUCAAGCACCAUGUCACCAUUUGUCGGCUCCCUCGGACAUGGAACGCACUAUCCUCAGCCGUCAAACGCAGCGAAUGCUGCUAGCCAUGGGCAAUGGCAGCAGCCUGGAUACCAGGCCGGAUAUCAGCAGCCAACAGCAACAUCACAACAGGGGGGCAUGGAAGCAAGUUGGAACAGAGAAUCCAGUGCUCCUCAGCCACAGAAUAGCUCGGCCCAACCCCCUCCCGAUCUCCUUGAUGAACCUUUGACCUUGGAACUUCCAGGCCAAUCCUCUGUGGCACCUCCUCCUAUCCCCCCCAAUCCUGAGAAAGAUGCUUUGUUGAGCCAGCUGGCUCAAACUCUGGCAUUAAUGAGGCAACAUAACCGUCAGCAGAACGAGUCUAGCAUGGCAGGGCUCCAGGCGCAGCGGAACGCUAUGCUAUCUGUGCUACCAGCUAUGCAAUCGGAGAUGGGUCAGCUGACACAGCUGUCCAACGUGCUCACGUCCAACACGGCCAUACUGCACGAGGCAUUGAACAGGGCAGAUGGUGUCAUUGAGGGAUCGAAGAGUCAUCCAGCGCCGAAUAUUGACGAACUACUGGUCGCGCCAACAAUCGUGGCCAAUCAGCUGUAUCUCCUUGUGGCGGAAGAGAGGGCUCUUGGCGAUGCUGUUUUCAUGCUUGGCCGCGCCGUAGAAAGAGGACGUAUAACGCCAGCCGUAUUUGCUAAGAUGACACGUUCCCUUGCUCGCGAGUGGUACUUCAAGAGUGCCUUGGUACGCAAGAUCGCUCUGGGCAUGGGUCUCUGGGCGUGA